CACUUUUCACAACUGGCCGGGGUAUUAUCCCAUGUCACCACUGAGGCUAGUACGGGCCGGCUUUCUUUACACAUACGUUGCCGACCAAGUCCGCUGCUUCUGGUGCGAGGGCGGCCUGAAGGACUGGCAGCAGGACGACGACCCAUGGGAGGAGCAUGCGCGGUGGUACGGGCCGGAGUGCGGCUACGUCAUCAUGAACAAGGGCAUGGACUACAUCCGGGACAUCAGGACACGCCGUCCUCCCGUCGUGCAACAGUAUAGUUGGGGGAUCGAAACGAGUAUCAUACAAAGUAUUCUCGAAAUGGGCUUUGACGAGGACAGGAUACAGGCUGUCGUCCACAACCAGUGGCAGCGGUACAACCGGCCUUUUACAACCGCAUCAGAACUUCUGAACGCACUCUUGCCUCAAGAGGAGGUUCGAUAUUAUCCAUCAGAUGAAGAGGAAGAACCACAUUUCGCUCAAAAUGCUCCUGUCAUUUGUCCCGCGCCCGCCGCUCGACCUACACCUAUGGAUGAACAACCCCUGGCUCCUGAGACCAUGGAGCGUGAGUUACGUCGUCUCCGUGAGGAGAGGCAGUGUAAGGUGUGUCUGUCCGAGGACGCCUGUAUGGUGUUCAUCCCGUGCGGACAUCUCUGCUGCUGCGAACACUGCGCCAACAUGCUGAGGAUCAGAGGGCGCCGCUGUCCGCUCUGUAGAGCUCUUUUCCAAAGGGUCCAGCGCGCAUUUCUGGCAUAA